CCUUCGUGGCCGCCGCGAUGCCUCCGCCCGGACUUCUGCUCCGCUGCGCCUUGGCGCUUCUCCUCCUGGGUUUGGGGGUCCCCUCUCCCCCCACGGAGGAGGAAGGGGGACCCCCGGCCAGGGAGGAGGAAGAAGAAGAGCUGCCCACCGUGGUGGUCGCCAUCCUGGCCCGCAAUGCCCAACACUCUCUGCCCCACUACCUGGGGGCCCUGGAUCGCCUGGAUUACCCCGCGGAGCGCAUCUUCAUUUGGUGCGCCACGGAUCACAACGUAGACAACACCACGCAAAUGCUGCAGGAAUGGCUCGGCGCGGUGGAAAAACAUUACCGGUCCAUCGUGUGGAGAUCUGUGGAUGAGCCCAGAUCUUAUCCCAACGAACUGGGACCCAAACAUUGGACGGAGCCGCGUUUCGAACAGAUGAUGAGACUGAAGCAGGAAGCCCUGACUUUCGCCCGAUCUCAAGAAGCCGGUUACAUUUUGGGUUAUUACCGACGGACAGUGGACUAUUUCCCUACCAAGAACCGCCAGCGUCUCGGCUGUUUCGCUCUGCCCAUGGUCUUCGGAACCUUUUUGAUCGAUUUGCGAAAGGAUGACACAGCCCACCUGGCCUUCUAUCCGCCUCACCCCACCUACUCUUGGCCCUUCGACGAUAUCAACGUCUUCGCCUACUCUUGCCAAGUUGCAGGCGCGGAGAUGUUCCUGUGCAACCAGGAGAGGUUCGGGUACAUCAACGUGCCGAUGGGGUCCCACCAAACGCUGGAAGAGGAAGAGGUCCAGUUCGUGCACCUCGUCCUGGAGGCCAUCGUCGAUGGGCCUCCAAUGGCCCGUUCCAGACACCUCUACGUCCCCCCAAAACAUCCCACCAAGAUCGGGUUUGAUGAGGUGUUUCUCAUCAACCUGCCCCGACGCCCGGACCGGCGGCAACGCAUGCUAGAGGCUCUCUCUGAGCUGGAAAUAGACCCCUUGCUGGUCGACGCCAUAGAUGGAAGGGCCCUGAAUAGCAGCAGCAUCAAGAAACUCGGCAUCGACUUACUGCCGGGAUAUUAUGACCCCUUUUCGGGAAGGACCCUCACCAAAGGGGAGGUUGGCUGUUUCCUCAGUCACCACCACGUCUGGAAAGAGAUCGUUGAGAGAGGUCUGGAGAAAUCCCUCGUCUUGGAAGACGACAUCCGAUUUGAGGCUUAUUUCAAGAGGCGCCUUUUGAAGUUGAUGAACGAGUUGGAGCGGACGCAACUCGAUUGGGAGCUGAUCUACUUGGGCAGGAAACAAGUCAACUCCGACAAGGAGGAAGCAGUGGCAGAAAUCCCCUAUCUGGUGGUGCCUGAAUAUUCCUACUGGACGUUGGCCUACGUCCUCUCGCGACGGGGGGCUCAGAAGCUGAUCGAGGCGCGGCCCCUCUCUAAAAUCCUGCCCGUGGAUGAAUUCCUCCCCAUUAUGUACGACAAACAUCCCAAGUAAGGAUUUGCUGUCCUCCUCCU